AGGUUUAGUUGCAAAUAACCAUUAAUAGAAGAUUGCAAAUCAAUAAUAAAUAAUAAGAAAUGAGUGCUGAUCAACCGGUUGAAAGUAAAUUAUGGGGUGGUAGAUUCACUGGAGCCACUGACCCAUUAAUGGAUUUAUAUAAUGCAUCACUUCCAUAUGAUCAAAGAAUGUACCAAGCCGAUUUAAACGGUACUAAAGUUUAUACUGAAGGAUUAAAUAAGAUUGGUUUGAUCACCCAAGAAGAAUUGAGCUCAAUUCAUCAAGGUUUAGAUGUUAUUCAUAAAGAAUGGGAAUCGGGUAAAUUUAUCGAAAAACCCGGUGAUGAAGAUAUUCAUACUGCUAAUGAGAGAAGAUUGGGAGAAAUCAUUGGUAAACAUAUUGCCGGUAAGGUCCACACUGGUAGAUCUAGAAAUGAUCAAGUUGCUUGUGAUAUGAGAAUAUAUGUUCGUGAUAAUUUAAGUAAAUUAUUAGAAUUUUUAGGGGGAUUUAUUAGUACUAUUUUGAAAAGAGCAGAAAGAGAAAUCGAUGUUUUGAUGCCAGGUUAUACUCAUUUACAAAGAGCACAACCAAUUAGAUGGUCUCAUUGGUUAUCAUCAUAUGCUACUUAUUUCACCGAAGAUUACAAGAGAUUGAAACAAAUUUUAGAAAGAGUUAAUCAAUCACCAUUAGGAGCAGGUGCAUUAGCAGGACAUCCAUAUGGUAUUGAUCGUGAAUUUUUAGCAAAAGGAUUGGGAUUCAAUUCAGUCAUAGGUAACUCAUUAACUGCGGUAUCCGAUCGUGAUUUUGUUGUUGAAACAUUAUUCUGGUCAACCUUAUUUAUGAAUCAUAUUUCUCGUUUUGCGGAAGAUUUAAUUAUUUAUUCAACUGCAGAAUUUGGCUUUAUUCAAUUAGCUGAUGCUUAUUCAACUGGUUCUUCUCUUAUGCCUCAAAAAAAGAAUCCUGACUCCUUAGAAUUAUUAAGAGGUAAAUCUGGACGUGUUUUCGGUUCGUUAUCAGGUUUUUUGAUGUCCAUCAAAUCAAUUCCAUCAACUUAUAAUAAAGAUAUGCAAGAAGAUAAAGAACCAUUAUUUGAUGCUUUAACUACUGUUGAGCAUUCCGUAUUAAUUGCUACUGGGGUAAUUUCUACAUUAUCAAUUAAUAAAGAAAAAAUGCAAGGAGCAUUAACAAUGGAUAUGUUAGCUACUGAUUUAGCUGAUUAUUUGGUUAGAAAAGGAGUUCCAUUCAGAGAAACUCAUCAUAUCUCUGGUGAAUGCGUAAGAACUUCUGAAGAAUUAAAGUUAUCCGGUAUCGAUCAAUUAUCUUUUGAACAAUUACAAAAAAUCGAUUCAAGAUUUGAUGAAGAUGUUAAAGACGUGUUCAAUUUCGAAGUCAGCGUGGAAAGAAGAACUGCCAUUGGUGGUACUGCCAAAUCGGCCAUCAGAAAUCAAUUGGAAAACUUAUCUUCUCAAUUAAAUUGA